UCGCUGCUGUCGGCCGUUGGUUGGCUGCUUCGACACUGCCGGCACCAAGCCACGCUGAGAGGACCUGUGUUGCUGCUGGGACGUUUCGCGACUGAGGUUGAGUGUCUUACAGUCCCUCGGCGUCCCCCUUCCCCCAAGGCAUCCCGGACAGGACGUUCUUCUGCAGACAGACGUCGGCGGCCCCGUGUUGAGGCUCGAGAGUCCUUUCGGCGGCGUCCAGGAUGAGUGUCAUCGCUGUCUUGUGUGGCAUCCUAGGGAGUGCUGUCCCUGGCGGUGUAUCUGCCACCGCCUAUGACAGCGUGAACAAGGACCUCCUCUUGAAGAAGGUGGAGAGGAAGAUCGACGUGGCGUCGCAGGUCGUCAAAAUCACGUCGAAGAUCACCCUCGAGAACGCGGGCACGGGCUCCGUUGGGGCCUUCCUGCUGGCGUUCACGGAGGCGGAGAAGCAGAACCUCGCCUUCCUCAAUGCUCAGUCUGGUGGUACAACAUUGCAGCUUUCUGAGAGCAAGGUGCAGGAGCAUCAAGAUAUUAAAUUCUUCAAGGUGGAGCUUAAGGAUUCUCUCCAGCCAGGCAAGAUUGUUAAUGUAGAGGUAGAAUGCUACCUUACUCACAUGCUGGAGCCGUAUCCUGCUGUCAUUCAGCAGGGGGAGAAGCAGCUGGUGCGAUACCUGGGCAACCACUACAUUCUUACCCCCUACACCACCACAACCCAGACAACCACUGUCACUCUCCCGUCCCCGAAUGUUGAAUCCUACUCACGCCUGAAGCCUAGCUCCCACACUGACACCUCUAUCACUUAUGGCCCCUAUGAUGGGGUUAAGCCUUUCUCCCAUGAUGCAAUGGCCAUUCACUACGAAAAUAACUCCCCCUUCUUGACUGUAACAAGCUUAGAGCGAAUGAUUGAAGUGUCUCACUGGGGCAAUAUUGCUGUUGAAGAGACUAUUGAUGUCCUCCACACUGGAGCCAAACUUAAGGGCUCUUUCUCAAGAUAUGACUUCCAGAGAGAGCACAAUACUUACUCUAGUGUCAAAUCCUUCAAGACCAUUAUCCCAGCCUCAGCCAAGGAUGUGUACUACCGUGAUGAGAUCGGAAAUAUCUCCACGUCACACAUGAGGAUCCAGGAUGAUGCAGUGGAGCUGGACCUUAGGCCAAGGUUCCCCUUGUUUGGAGGAUGGAAGACCCACUACAAGAUUGGCUACAAUGUCCCCUCUUAUGAAUACCUUUACAACUCUGGUGAUGAAUUCAUAUUAAAGAUGAGGAUCUUGGACCAUGUCUUUGAUGAUGUGGUUGUGGACAACUUGAUUGUGAAGGUUAUCUUGCCAGAAGGAGUACGCAACAUUGAUCUUGAGACACCAUACCCAGUAGAGCGCAAAGCUGACAGUCUGCACUACACCUACCUGGAUACCAUAGGCCGUCCCGUCAUCACCAUCAGCAAGAAAAACCUCGUCGAGAGUCACAUUCAGGACUUCUCCCUCAAGUACAGCUUCCCCUCAAUCCUCAUGCUGCAGGAGCCUCUCUUGGUGGUUGUGGCAUUCUUCAUCCUCUUUAUCACGGUUAUCCUUUACGUACGUCUUGACUUGACCCUGAGUAAGGAUGAUGCCAUUGAGGCCAAGAUGCGUGUUUCCUCUCACUGUGAAAUGAUCGACUCCCAUCAUGACAAACGUGCCAGGCAGUAUGAGAAACUUGAAGAGGAGCUGCAGAAGUUGAAGGUGUCCAAGGAUGUUAAUCAGUUCCAGACUGCCACCAAGAAGAUUCUUCAGAGCAUUCGCGAUGAGACUCAGAUCAUCAGUGACCUGGGAGCCAAGAUUCGUUUGGAUAAUGCAGAGUAUGCUGACAAAGUGGUUGAGCUCCAGAAAGCAGAAAAGGCUCUGCGAGAUAGCAUGACACAGCAACUGACCAACGUGGAGAAAUUGGUGCUUGGGAAGAUGACCAAACAGCAGUACAUGGAUGCUGAAACUCCUCUACACAAAAAGAAGGAAGAGCAGCUGGAGAAAAUAAAGACCAUUUUGAGUGGCAUCUAGAAAGAAAAUAAAUAAAAUUUAGGGGGUUGGCUUGGUCAAUUUUUCAUAUGUACUUCAUAAUGAUGUAUGAUUCAUAAGUUGUAUAUCAGUAACUGCUAAGUUUAGAAUAAAAGGAGAGCAAAUUGACCUUAAUUUGCAAGAUUCACACUAAUAGUGCAUAAAAGGAGUUACCCACAUAUGAAAUGUACAUUCCAUAAGACUGUGGGUAUGCUUGUGAUUUGUGUUGUGUUGCGUGUUAUGCACUAUUGUUAAUGUUUAUAUAUCCUCAUUGACAGAGGAUAAUGUGAUUAAAGGCGCUACUGUUUAAAA